AUGGCGGUGGCAGAUGUGAAGUUAAAUUCACCAACUCAAACAAACAGUCAAAGUGUUGUUGUCAAUGUCAAAGACAGAGAUGUUGAAGUGGGGAAACCAUACGAAGACGAAGAUGGUAUAACAAUUGUUCCUGUAAAAGAACCAACAUAUCCUGAAGUUAACAGAGACUUAAGUUCUGUUGCAGAUAUUCGAAACGACUACCAACAACUGAAAGACAAACUUCAAACUCAGGAGAAGAUUUGUCAAGCUUUAAGUAUAAUGUUAAACUUGGUCGAACACAACCCUGUAAAA